AGCCCUCUUUUCACUCUCGGUCUUCUGUAUUGUUGAAAUUACUGUUCCUUCAUCCUACGCCACUUUCGCUUUUAUUCUUCCUUUUGCCAUGACCAAGACUGUGGCAGCUGCAAACGCUGAACUAUCUCGCUGCGUAGCGGCCUCUUCCAGACUCAUUCUCGAUAAGCCCACCAUUGCUGCUCAACCUCGUUUUGAAGUUCGACCAAACCGCUUGCCAAGGUUUCCGCUUCUUUCUUUAUCACUGAUAAAAAGAAAUAGCAGCCGCUUGCGGUCCAUGUCCAAGGACUCUGACGGGUCGGGUGGGCUAACUUAUAAGGAUGCCGGUGUUGACAUUGAUGCUGGGACUGAGCUGGUUAGAAGAAUCGCUAAGAUGGCUCCUGGUAUCGGUGGUUUUGGCGGCCUUUACCCACUCGGUGAUUCAUACCUUGUUGCUGGGACUGAUGGUGUGGGAACCAAGCUCAAGCUAGCAUUUGAGACUGGAAUCCAUGAAACUAUUGGGAUUGAUCUUGUUGCAAUGAGUGUCAAUGACAUUGUUACUUAUGGAGCAAAGCCAUUAUUCUUCCUUGACUAUUUUGCAACAAGUCACCUUGAUGUUGACCUUGCUGAAAAGGUUAUAAAAGGAAUUGUAGAUGGUUGUCAACAAUCUGACUGCGCUCUGUUGGGCGGAGAGACAGCAGAGAUGCCAGACUUUUAUGCAAAGGGCGAGUACGACCUUAGUGGCUUUGCAGUAGGCAUUGUCAAAAAGGAUUCAGUUAUAGAUGGGAAAAGCAUUGUAGCUGGAGAUGUACUAAUUGGCCUACCUUCUAGUGGAGUCCAUUCAAAUGGUUCCUCUCUUGUUAGAAGGGUUUUGGCUCGUAGUGGUCUUUCUUUAAAGGAUCGACUUCCUGGCGCAGCAGUCACAUUAGGUGAAGCAUUAAUGGCACCGACUGUUAUAUAUGUUAAGCAGGUGUUAGAUCUGAUCGGAAAGGGAGGGGUCAAGGGAGUGGCGCACAUCACAGGUGGUGGUUUUACUGACAAUAUACCCCGAGUGUUUCCAAAAGACCUUGGCGCUGUCAUCUAUAGCGGUUCUUGGAAUGUUCCGGCUGUGUUCAAAUGGAUACAACAGGCUGGAAAUAUUGAGGAUGCUGAGAUGAGGCGGACAUUUAACAUGGGCAUCGGCAUGGUUCUAGUUGUGAGUCAGGAAGCAUCGCAAAAAAUACUUGAAGAUGCAAAUGGUGCUUACACAGCUUACCGCAUUGGUGAAGUUAUGAAUGGAGAUGGUGUGACCUACCGCUAGAAACUGUGGGUUAAUUUGGAACAUGCGACAUUUAUUUCUCUUGUAACAUUCGACACAGUUAUUCAGUUGCAAUGUGGGAGUUUUUUAACUCGUAA